UGACAUUUAUUCACUUGCACUUCCGGAAAGUGUAAAAUGUCUGGAUAUGAGAUUCAAUUUAUUGUAAGCAUACACUUCUGUAGAUAACACUUAUCCUCAAUUAGUCCGUUCAGUUUUUUGUUUUGUAAAGUUGAUUGAUGACAAUACUUGAUAGACCCUGGAAACUAUUUUCAUGAUUAAAUACCCAAUUUCAUUUUCGAAGUUGCAGGUGAGUAAUACCAAGGAUGAAUUUGAUAAUAAUUUGGAGCAAGUCUGCCAUCUGUAAUCUGUUUUGGACAUUAUUUAGGGUGGUCACUUAUUGUCCUGAUGAUGUGCAUAAGAAUAAAUCCGUUCUCCUAAGUGGAUUUUUCUGAGUGCACCGGCUUCAAGGUGAUUUCUACUUGGUUAUACAUCCUUUGUGCUUUCUGCUUGGAUUGGUUCUUUGUAUUUUUUCCCGGCCAUUGCAAAUGUAGGUGGAUUGUGAAAUGCUUGUGUGGAACAUGAUGAUGAUAGACUGUCCAUUCAGCUUUUGGACAAAACCAGCCAUUUUCUUACUAUUAAUGGAAUAUAUCUCUUUGCUUAACCAAGUGUGCAGAGUCUAUUGUUUCUACUUAGUGCAUAAGUCAAGCCUGCUUCUUGCUUAUUAAUGGAAUGUUUAAUGUGUUGUGAAAGUUGUGGUCAAAAUUAUCAUAGCCACUAGACUUGGUACACAACUGGUCAUUGUUCUAUUUAUAUGUAUAUGUAUUUUAUGCUUUGAAAGUUAUCUAUUGAUUGUAUGACCUGCUUGCUAGUGUUAACUAGAGUAUAAAUUGAACAUGGUAAGGGACAUAACUAAGCAAAUUCUGUUUUUUGUUUAUGAUGCUCUAAUCAUCAAUUUUGUACCAGAUCACUUUUACCUCGAGUUACACUUUAUGAAUUUUCACCAUUAUCCAUUGUCUCGCACUUCUCUUAUAUCCUCCCUUCGUCCUCCUUUCCAUUAUCUGUCUUCUUUUUUAUAGUGAUAUCAUGGAAGAGGCAUACGACAUAAUUAAUAACAUUUUUUCAUAGCAUGAAGCCUCAAGUUCAUUUGUGAAUUUUCUCUUAAGAUGGCGCUGAGUAAUGUUUUGUGAAACUACAUGAUUAUCAGACUAAAUUGAGCAUCAAGCGAUCAGGUUUGUAUGAUGCAACCAAAAGCAGAAAUGGAUCUCCAAUUUCAGUCAACAAAUAUGAGCAAUACUUAAGUGCAGUUGCAUUUGCUGUUACUACUUUUGGAACGGUUGCUUUGAUGAGUGGAUUCUUCCUUAAACCUGUUGCUACACUUGAUGAUUAUCUUGCUAAUGUUGUGCCUCUAUUUGGUGGUUUCUUAUCUAUUCUUGGAGUUUCUGAAGUAAGUUAUAUGUUCAGUUUUCCACCAAACAUUAAAUUUUUUCCUAGACUAUAAAGCAUUAAAACAGCUGAGGUUUGUCAAGUUUAAAAUCCUAUUUGUCAAACCCUAAUCCUAAUUUUUUGGCUCCAAAUCAUUCUGGCCGUUGGAUCUCUAUCUUUGGGUGCCACUAUUAUAUCAGCCAUUGAUCUUAUAUGUUGACUUGCACACAUCACAACAAUCAGUUCAAAUUUGAAAUUUGAAUCCUUGGAAAUUCAUCACAAUUACUAUGCACACUACACAACACACGCGUUUCUUUCUCUAAAAAAAACACGCGUUUCUCCUCCGGCCUCCUCUCUAGGUCUCUCUGUCCCGUUGCCUCUUCCGCUUCCCGUUCAUUCAACACCAACGCCAUGCGCCAGUACGACGAACACUCUGAUAAGUCCAAUGUUGCCGAUCGUCGUCACGCUUAUCGCUCUUUCUCUUGCACUGGCCGCGACGAUUUCCUCUCAGAUGUUAACAUGGUGGAUCAAUUAAUGGACAAUCCAUUCCUUUCUGCUUCCCGUGGAAUUGGAUCCGGUGGAGUUCGACGUGGUUGGGAUCCGGUGAAAUUCUUUGCUUCUUCGUUUGGAUAUGCCUGGACUUGGAUUCCGUGGACGGAGGAAGAGCACAAGUUGUUUUCGGUUGGAUUGCAGAAAGUUGACAAAGGUGAUUGGAGAGGAAUCUCAAGGAACUAUGUGAAAACAAGAACGCCUUCGCAGGUUGCAAGUCAUGCUCAGAAGUACUUUCUCUGCCGAAGUUUGUAUGAUGCAACCAAAAGCAGAAAUGGAUCUCCAAUUUCAGUCAACAAAUAUGAGCAAUACUUAAGUGCAGUUGCAUUUGCUGUUACUACUUUUGGAACGGUUGCUUUGAUGAGUGGAUUCUUCACUUAAACCUGUUGCUACACUUGAUGAUUAUCUUGCUAAUGUUGUGCCUCUAUUUGGUGGUUUCUUAUCUAUUCUUGGAGUUUCUGAGAUAGCCACGUGGGUAAUAGCCGCUCGAUACGGUGUUAAACUCAUCCCUUUGUUCCUGAUUCGCAUUUCAAGAUUGGUUGUGGGUUGUGGCUGGUGGGCAGAUUUGUAUUGCUUAGAAUUUAGCAGAACUGACAUUGAUGUAGCUCAAAUCUCGAUAUACACCUGACAAUGCAUAUGGUAUGUCACCUAAGUUUGUUAAUUUUAUGCAUUCAGUUCUAUGUAAAUUUGAGGCACAUUUCCUGAAAUGUUGUAUAUCGAGAGAUUUUUAGAACAUUUAGACUUUUUACUUUUAUGUCUAUUAUCCUGUUUUGUGUACUGAACCUUGAUUGU